CGGCUCCAUGGAACCACCUUCAUCACCCUAUCCUUCUGGGCCAUCGCCCAUAGGUAACAACUAUCCACCCGGUUAUCCACAAUCUCACCCGGGAAUGUAUCCAAAUAUGAUGGGUAUGAAUCCAGAAUCAUAUCCAGAAACAGGUGGUCCAUAUGCUGGACAUCAUUCUGGUUAUCCACCGGGACAUCCAGCCAGUCAUCACGGUCAACCACCUUCUACCACCUCCUCAUCCAGCACCUAGACAACAUUCACCUCAUCCUGGUAGGAAAAAAGGAGGAGCAUCUGUUCCCUCUCCUGGUUCAGCUGACUCAAACUCGCAAGGUAGUUAUCCCCAAUCCACCACACCGGUUCAGUUUGAGGGACCAUAUCCAGGUCAUCGACAACCACCGCCUGGACAAGGUUACCCUGAGAAUCAAAAUUAUCCACAUCAAGGAGCCAUUAAUGAUUAUGGUCCCAAUCAUCAUCCUGGACAACCACCUCAGCAACCACCUCAACAGCCACCGAGCAAUUAUGGGCAUUUGGGUGGUCAUUUACCUCCUGGAAUUCAACAGCAAAUGUCUCAACCACCUCGCCAACAAUCUCCUCAUCAGAAUAGGAAAAUGAUGAAAAGUGGUGAUAACAAUUAUCCUCAGCCAGGAAAUCCAGCAAUAGGCUCUCAUUAUCCUCCGCCACCACACCCAGGAUCAGGUCCUGCUCCUGGUUCAGGCCCCGGCCCUGGCCCCGGUCCAGGUUAUCCAGGUGCUCAACAUUAUCAGUAUCCUCCUUAUCCUUACCAUCAACCACCUCAUGGUCAAUAUCCUCAACAGCACCCGCAGCAUCAUCAACACUUGCAACAUCCUCCACAUCCUCAGCACCCUCAACAUCCAUCACACCAACAACAUGCACAACAUCAACAUUUACCACAUUCCCACCAUCAACAAACUCAUCCACAACAUUUACCGUUACUUCAUCAACAAGGUUCCAACUAUUUACCACCCAAUCCACACUCUACUGGACCUCCUUCAAAAUCAAAUUCUUCACCUUAUCAUCCUCAAGCUUCACAUGCACCAAAUCCACAAUCACCAUCACCUGCAGGGAACUCAAAUCGAUCUGGUGAGAAUUCAGACUCAUAUUCGUCUGAGAUGCAACCAUCUACGUCAAGUGGUCAUCGUCGUCAUCCUUCAGGUCACCAGCAGCAACAACAACAACCAACAAACUUUGAAGGUCCUAAUCGAACUGGUCCAGGAGGCUACUAUGGUCAACAUGAGCAACAACAACCACCUCAUCAUCAACAUCUUCGUCAUCCUCAUCCACAUCAACAACCACAACAGCAGCAACAACAAGGUAAAAAUGGUCCAUCCUCUGAAUCGACCACCGAGAAUUCAGGAUCCCAUAGUCGUCCUAAUAGUAGACCAAAUAGCACAGGAGCAGCGAGUCCUGGUGCUUCUUCCAGAGGAUCUGAUAGUGGCAAUAGCAAAGAAAAUCAAGAUUCAUCUAAUUCAUCCAAUUCAUCACAAAAUCAUCCAUCUUCUCAUCCCUCGCAUCCCCCGCAUCCUUCGCAUCCUUCGCAUCCAUCUCAUCUUCCACAUCAGUCUCAGCCUCCUCAUCCACCGAGUAUUGAGACUAAUCAGCGUUAUCCUCAUCCUCAUCCUCAUUCUCAAGCCUUGCAACCACCGAUCAACAAUUACCCACAGAGACCACCAAUUUCUGGAUCAUAUGGCUCAGCUAAUCAACCCAAUUACCCAGGAAUGAAUGACAAUUAUCGCAGCAAUGGUCCAUCAAAUGUACAGACGUCAACCCAUAAUAGUCCACUUGCACAGCGACUUUUAGCUGCCAAGUAUAAUCAACCUAAUCAACAAGGAUCGAAUUACGAUACAACGGUUUAUCCUGCAAAUAGAUCAUCUCCUAAUGGACCUUCGCGAUUUAUUGAACCGCGAGAAAACAAUUUCUAUGGCACAAAUGCUCCUCCAACAAGUGGUCAAGAAUCAGGACCGGCUCCUCAACAUCCACCGCAUCUUAAAAGACAUCCUGAUUUCAUGAAACCUGAUCAUAAAUCACAACAUCCUGGUCAAUAUGGACCUUAUCCUGGUAGGCCAAUGGCUCCGAAUUACCCUCAAGGUGGCAAUGGACCAAAUCAUGGUCAUCAAAUGUGGAAUCGUGAUCCCGUUUUUAGAGGUAGUCCAGGGGCUCCUCCUCCUCCUCAGCCACCUAAUAUGACAACAUCAUGGGACCAUCAAUCUCGAACUGAUCCAGGAUCUUUGCCACCUCCACCUCAAUCUCUCCAUCCGAAUUCAGCAAGACCUGAACUUGGACCAUCAGUUCCAAUGGUCAACAAUGCAGCAGGUGGUUGGCCCAUGAAUCGAUAUCCACCACCACCAGGUCAAUCUCCUGUUCCACCACCACCACCAUCACAACAACAGCAUCAGCAACAACAUCAACAUCAACCACCACCCGGAAUGAAUCAUAAUUAUCCACCUUCUACUCAACCUGGCUACUCUUAUCCACCUGAUCAUCCGAUGAAUAAAAUGAAUCAAAUGCAAAAUCGAAUGUAUCAAAUGCCUGGUGGACCACCAAUGCCACCUAAAGCUCCAUCACAACAUUUAACUCGACUUUUAUGUUCAUCACCGAGUCUUCCGUCAUCACCCACACCGAGUCCACAUUUGGGAGCACCAAGAUCACCUCAUCCUCAUCCUCAAGCUCAUCUACAAGCUCUACCACACCAACACCAACAUCCGCACUCUCUUCAACAUCCACAUCCACAUCCACAUUCUCACUUACCACCACAUCCAGGUCAUCCAGGCCACUCUGUGCACCCAGGACAUCAUCCUCAACACCCUCAACAUCCUCAUGGCCCUCAUGGUCCUCAUCAUCCUUCAAUGCCGUAUAGUCAAAUGAUGAUGAAAAGAGAGUUAGUUUUCCCUGUGGGAAGUGUUGAAGCCACUACACCAAAUCUAUUCAAAAGACGCAAAUUGAAUUGCAAAGAUUUGUGUCCUACUGAAGCCUGGAAAUUGUUAAUGAGUCUUAAAUCGGGUUUACUUGCAGAAAGUACUUGGGCAAUAGACACUCUCUCAGUUUUAGUUGCCGAUGAUAAUAGUUACCUUUACUUUGGACUUCAACAUUUGCCUGGAUUACUAGAAACUUUAUUAGAACAUUACAAAAAGUGUCUCAACGACAUGUUCGAAGGACUUUUCAAGGACACCGAAGUCAGUGGUCACAUAGAAACACCUUUACAAAAUGGUAUCAAAAAAAGUCGAAAAUGGUAUCAGAUUGGAUCUGAUUUCGAUGAGCUUUCUCAGGAUAAUGAAAAUGGUGAUGAUGCAAAUGAUGAGAAUAGUGAUGAUGAUUGUGUAACUGGUGAAUUCGAGGGAAUGACGGAUGUAAAUAUAAUGAGAAAAAGUGUCAGUGGCAAGAAAGAAAUGACCAGGAAAUUGGAUCGGGCGAUUAAUGUCAACAUUCCGAAAAUGGAUCAACAACUGAAAAUGUUGAAAUCAUCUUUAGAUUUAACUUUUACUUCUCGCAGCGGAAAAUCUGUGAGAAUGGAAAAUGCUGAGGCUCAUCUAUUUGUUACUGAUUAUGAAAAGAAAUGGGAUCCAUUUAAAAAUGGAUUCAAAACCGGUAGAGAUCAUUGGUCAAAGGGAUAUGGAGAAGCCACUGACCAUAUAAUCACACACUUCGAACCAAAGGAAAAGUAUCUCAAACUUGUUAAAGUUAUCAAAACAAAAGAAAAUAAGUCAAAAAAGUCGAGAAAGAAACAAGAUUCAUCAUUUUCUGUUACAUCAACCACUUCAAUUACCAAUAACACCACAACCACAACAACAACAAACUCAAAUAUAAAAAACAACAUUGUGAAUAAUAGUAUUAUGAAUAACAAAGAUGAUGUGUCUUCCAAUCAAUCUUUAGUUAAUGGUAAUUGUGACUCUAAAUUAAGUUCAUCUAAAAAACCAUUUAUUCACAAUGAUCAUCCAAAAAACAUCAAAUUAGAAGUGAAAGUUGAUUUCGAUGAUCUUGAAGAUGAGCCUGAGGAUGAAGAUGAUUCUCCUCUUGCAACAAUUCAAGAUUAUUAUGAUUCAAUCUCACAAAGAUGCCUGUGUCUUUCCACCUUAAUAAGAAAUUUAUCUUUUGUGCCUGGUAACGAUAUCGAAAUGUCCAAACAUCCAGGACUACUUGUUGUUCUUGGACGACUCUUAACAUUGAAACACACUCAUGCUGUUAAGAAGAGCAACUUUACCAAUGAUACAAGCAGCAAUUCCACACCAUCAAUACCCCAAACAUCAUCAUCAUCAUCAUCGUCAUCAUCAUCUAGUGAGGAAGAUACAAUUGGAUCAUCUAACUGGUGGUCGGAAUCAAUUCAUCUUUUAAGAGAAAACACUCUUGUGACUUUAGCAAACAUUUCAUGUCAACUCGAUCUUGACCCUCAUUCGGAAGAAAUUAGUUUAAAUAUUUUAGAUGGUUUAUUACAUUGGACCGUUUGUCCUUCUUCCUAUGCUCAAGAUCAUCUUCCGACCACCACAGUUCAAUCAUUCACCCCGAAGAGACUCGCCUUGGAAUCACUCAUGAAAUUGUCCAUCAUCGACUCCAAUGUGGAUCUAAUGUUGGCCACUCCACCUUGGAGCAGAUUAGAGAAAAUGUUUACCAUGUUAGCAAAGAUGUUGAAUCGAAAUGAAGAUCAAACUUUACGUGAAUUUGCUCUUGUGUUAUUAACCAAUUUCGCUGCCGCUGAUUCUAGUAUAGCCCGUGCAAUAGCUUUGACUGGUUAUGCGAUUCCUCAGUUAAUUGGGUUCAUUGAACAGUCAGAACAAUCAGCAUUACAAGUAGCCAAUACACAAGGAUUAAAUGCUUUACGUGAUAAUCCAGAGUUGAUGGGGACGACACUCGAUAUGGUUCGAAGAGCUGCCAUUUGUUUGCGACAUUUCGCCAGGAUACCUGAGAAUAGAUCGAUGAUAUUAGUCCAUCAACAAAGACUUUUAUCACUUGUUUUCUCUCAAAUUCUCGAUCAAGGAGUCGCUUCAGUGAUCGCUGAUGUUAUUUAUGAAGUGUCUCUUCACGAUGAUAGUACUUUACCUCAUCCGCACCUGAUUUCUUUAGAAAAAUCAUCAUCUGUACAUACGAAAUCAUCUCCAUCUCCAUCAUCAUCUUCAUCUACUUCAUCAUCAACAACAACCACCUUAUCGUCAUCAUCAUCGUCCUCAAUCACCACUACAACUACAACGACAACAUCAGGAACAACAACAACAAUCACAAUCCAUAAUAAUAAGGACGAAACAAAUGGAGAUUCAUCUCAAAUCUCUGAUGAAGGUAAAAGCGAUCAACAAGCUGAUUCAUCACAAUUCUCAUACCCUUUAUCAACAUGUUCCAAAAUUGGAGGAACAAUCAAGCCUUGUGAUAAUCCGGAUAAUGAGCUGGAAAAAGCAGAUAAAGAAGACACAAAUUCCAAUAAUCAAAGAUGCAACGGAAAUCUAUUGGUCACAAUUACAUUUCUCUGUUAAUUAACUUGUCCUGAACUUUUUUUCUUUUCUCAAAUCAUUGUAACUUGGCUGUAAUUCUCUCUAUUCAGAGUCACUAAAUAGAAAACAAUUGUAAUAAUUUAUUCCUUCUAAAUAUUUCUCUUUUUCUUUCUAUUCCAUUAUAUGUAAAUUAUUAUUUAUGAAAAUUUUCCCAUUAAAUUAACUAAUUGAAUCAUU